AUGUCUUCCAAGCCCAUCCUGUAUUCCUGGUAUGGAAGCUCCUGCGUGUACAGAGUGCGGAUCGCACUGGCCCUGAAGAAGGUUGACUACGAAUACAAAUCGGUUCCUCUAAUCAAGAAUAGAGUCCAGCUCGCCGAACAGAUUUCCGAGGAAUUUACCAGGAAGAACCCGAUGCAACAGAUUCCAGUGCUCGAAGCGGACGGGAAUUAUAUUUGCCAAUCGCUGGCCAUACUCGAGUUCCUGGAAGAGAAAUACCCGGAGCCGAACCUGCUGCCCAAAGAUAUUGUCCAAAGAGCGAAGGUUCGUGCCAUUGCGGAGCUGAUAGUGUCCGGUAUCCAACCGCUCCAGAACACGGGCCUUUUGUUUCGUCUGGAAGAAAGCAGACGCAAAGACUGGGCAUUCCACUUCAUCGUCAAAGGUUUUAAAGCCUUGGAAACGGUCCUCGCCAAGACAGCCGGCCAGUACUGCGUGGGUGACAGCGUGACCAUCGCCGACACCUGCCUGGUGCCCCAGGUCUACAACGCCAAGAAGUUCGGCGUGGACCUCACGCCGUACCCGACCAUCAUGCGCAUAAACGACGCCCUGGAAGAACUAGCGGCCUUCAAGGUCGCCCACCCGCGCUGCCAGCCAGAUACGCCCGGCGGCUACAAAGACCCAUGGGAGAAGUAGCUUCGAAGAGCGACCACAAGAUCCGUCAGCGAGGAGUGCCACUGCGGCUUUACGCUGUGAUCUUGAGUAGCCGGCUGCGAGAACGAUGUCGCUCCUUGAUGAGAAUUCGAGGCACCGCGGCGAUCGUGCAACCGCAAAGGAGCUGCUUAUCUUAUUGACAGAUUCCGUAUGAUCCUUUUAUGAAGCCAUUCCGAUUCUGUUUAGAGAAGGCGUCGUUUCCCAAAAAGUUUCACCGAUACCGUGGCUUGUGUGCUAUCGAUGCAAUCAUUACGUUGCAAUAAAAGACAACCUUCGUUGACAGAAACAGAAAA